AGCUUCGUCUGUGGAGGCGACAAAACCAGUGUUCGGAGUAAGCUUCCUCGCUCGACUUCAAUAGGCUGCGGUUGCCGGAGAGCAUGCUUUCCUCUCGGCGGGCGGCACCGAGUAGCCCACGCACCCCGAGAGUUGAGGAGGCCACUGGCGGCGGUGGAGGGACCGCAUUAGCCAUUGAGGAUGACGACGAGUCCAAGACGAGGAGCCACGGCCCUCUCGGUGCGCGGCUUUCGAGACUGCUUUCCUUUCGGAUAGCGCAAAGUCGUCGUUCUUGUUCCUUCCAACUGGCUCUUCUUCUCAUCCUCUUUGUAGCUCUCUUCAUUAGGCAUCGCCUUGGCCGCCGCGAAUGCGAGGCCCGAGACGAUUCCAUCUACCGCAUGGCCAUAUUUUCAGGGAGCAUUGAUGGAUUAGCCUCCGAUUUUGGUAUCCUUGGCGUGCCCUGGUGUAGAUCAAAAGAUGGUAAAACAGUGGAAUGGGGUCCCAAGGAUUUGAUUAAGGGAUUGGAAGAGUUUGUGCCAAUCUAUGAGACUCGACCAAUAAAAAACAACACACAUGGAAUGGGGUUUGAUCACAGCUUUGGUCUUUGGUUCAUGGCAAGGUGGCUAAAGCCACUGUUAAUGGUUGAGAGUGGAGCUUUCAAAGGGCAUUCCACUUGGGUCCUACGCCAGGCAAUGCCAAAAACUCCGAUCAUUUCACUUUCACCUCGCCAUCCUGAAAAGUAUCUGAUGAAGGGCCCAGCUUAUGUUGAUGGAAACUGCACAUAUUUUGCUGGGAAAGAUUUUUUGGAUUUUGGCGGCAUCAACUGGAGAAAUGUUUUGGAGAAGCAUGGAGUUUCAGAUAUCAAUCAGGUGCUUAUCUUCUUUGAUGAUCACCAGAAUCAAUUAAAAAGACUGAAGCAAGCACUGAAGUUUGGAUUUCAGCAUCUCAUAUUUGGGGACAACUAUGAUACUGGAACUGGAGAUCAUUAUUCGCUACGGCAGAUAUGUGAUCAAUUCUAUGUUGGAGGUGGCGGGCAUAGCUGCUUCAUAGAUGGAGACGAAGCAAGAAUAAGGAGAAAAAGAAGAAAGAUGUGGGAGAAAGCUGUGGACGUUGAAGAACUAUGUGGCAAUGGGAAGGCAUGGUGGGGUGUCAGAGGAGAAAUGCGAGAUGAUUUCAACCAAAGCAACAAAGCAAUUUCUUAUUUGGACCAUUUUCACAUUAGCAGGUUUGUGGAGUCAGUACUGGAUGUAUACUGGGAGCUCCCUCCUGUCGCCGGCCCCUCACUCACCCACCAAAGCAGAUAUGACCCAGCUCGCACAUCAAAUCCCAUUGUCGAGGAUGGCCAGAACGCACUUUUCCAAAGACUUGGCCUCUCCAGUCUGGAUGCUUCCGUAUUCAAUGGAUACACCCAGAUGGUUUAUGUGAAGAUAUCUUCACCAAGCUCAUAACAUUGGGAAAUUAUUGGGUUCGGACACUGGAAGCCAUCCGGAGCCAAUGAAAAUAUGCCACAUCACCCUCUUCUCGGUACUAAACUUGGUACUAAGCAGUAUGCUCGGUACUGUGAAGUACUGAACUCAUUACUGUUCGGUACUUUGAAGUACCGAACGGUGUGUCCGGUGUCUGAACCCAAUAAUUUCCCCAUAACAUUUGGCUGUGUAGAUAUAGGUAGUUGUUAGGAUGUCGCCAUUAUAUUUUGGGGAGAUUUAGGCUUUGUUUGGGACGACUUUCUUAAUGCUUCUUAAAGCAGCUUUUUAGUGCAAAAAUUUUAAUUUUUGUAUUAAAAAACGGCUUUAAGAAGCAGUAGGAAAGCCGUCCCAAACAAAGCCUUACAUACAUACGCACUGGAUACAGGAAAUCUAACGUUAAAAUGUUUAGGUUAUGAUUGUUGCUGCUAGGUUGUGGAACUUCCUGCCCUUUUUGUACAUUAUUGCACACAGAUUCCUAUGGUAGAGAUCAGUUUUGUACAUUUGUUGAUUGAUUAUAGCCUUCUGAUUCAGUGAUUGAAGCUAAAUUUUUAGAUU